AGCCCCGGCCGGCUGACAGAGAGGGCCCGAGGCAGCAGCCCCCAGAGACGGGACAGCCGCAGUGUGGGAUGACAGCUAUUUCAACCUGCAUGUGGUAAAUCUUGAUUUGACUUUGCUUCAGGGCUGGAGUGUGACUUGGCCAUGAAUCUGGUGGGGCAGCCCCUGGUGAGGCAGCAGGUGACGAAGGGAGUGAGGGAGUUCCUGGAGAACCAGAAUCCAGUGAAACCUCUCGUGAUGUCCUUCCAUGGCUCGACUGGAACAGGCAAAACCUAUGUGAGCUCCAUGCUCAUCCGCUACCUCUUCGAGGGUGGGCUCCAGAGCCCCUACGUUCACCAUUUCUCACCAAUAGUGCACUUCCCCCAUGCUGAGCAGAUAGAGCAGUACAAGGAAAGCCUGAAGCGCUGGAUCCAGGGGAACUUGACAAUCUGUGGACGGUCGGCCUUUCUCUUUGACGAGAUGGACAAGAUGCACCCAGGCCUUAUUGACGUGAUCGUACCAUUCCUGGGACCCUCGUGGGUUGUGUACGGGACCAACUACCGCAAAGCAAUCUUCAUCUUCAUAAGCAAUGCAGGAGGGGAGCAGAUCAACGAAAUGACGCUGGAUCUCUGGCAUGCCCGCAAGGACCGGGAGGAGAUCAGCCUGCAGGACCUGGAGCCAGCCAUCUCCAAAGCCGUGUUUGAAAACCCUCAGAGUGGAUUCUGGAAAUCUGGGAUCAUUAACGAACAUCUCAUUGAUUUUGUUGUGCCCUUCCUCCCACUGAAGCGCCACCAUGUAAAGCAGUGUGUCAUCAACGAACUUGUUCAGCAAGGCCUUGAAGUGCGUCCGGGUGUUGUCCAGGAGGUGGCUGAAAGCAUCCCCUACUUCCCAGAAGAAGAGAAAAUAUUCUCAUCAACAGGCUGCAAAACAGUGGCCUCUCGGAUCAGUUUUUUCUUCUAGUCACUGGCGAGGGCCUUGCUCAGGUCUGUAGGGGACGUAUAUGGAGACGUAAAGCGGCAGAGCCCAGGGCUGGCGGGAUGUGCAGUGGGAGCUGCAUGUUCCCUCCCGGCAGCACAGGCGCUCUCCUGCUGAGCUCGUCUCUCCAGCCCCAAGGAGGCCGCUGCAGGACCAAGUGCAAGUGACGUCAUUUAAAGCACUUUACUGAUUUACCCUUGGCCAGGCAAGGGUGGAUACAACCAUCCCAGCGCACCACCCACAGUAUCUGUGACAACAAGGGGACGAUGCUAAGAGGGGUAGCAGUGUCAGGGAGGUUUCUCACCCUGUCAGCAGCACCCACCUGCAGCUCUCCCCUCUCCUAGCAGCUGUCGAUAUCCAACACAUCAAGAUUCUGAGCCCACAGAAAAAUAUUUCUUUCCUACAGCAUUUUAACUUUUUUUUUUUUUU